AUGAAGGCCAGUGCUCCUAAGCCCAAGUGGAGCGACGUCUCAGCAAUGAGUUCGACCACGAAAAGCUAUUGGGCCAAAUGGGACAGCUUGCUGAUUCGGGAUGGAGUCCUGUGCCGUAAAUGGGAAAAUGGUCGGGGAGACAGUUGUCAUUUGCAAAUGGUUGUCCCUAAGGCUAAAGUACCGGAUGUUCUACAGCUGUACCAUAGUGGUUGUUCAGGAGGCCACCUGGGAGUUAAACGAACUCUACUGAAGAUCCGAGAAGGGUUUUACUGGGUCCACUGUCGUGACGAUGUCGAGGACUGGUGCCGCAAAUGUAAAAGUUGCGCGGCUGUAAAGGGACCUCAAAUUCGUAGUAGAGGCGCAUUGAAAUUGUACAAUGUUGGUGCACCAUGGGAGAGGAUAGCCAUUGACGUUGCGGGGCCGUUUCCGGAAAGUGAAAGUGGUAACAAGUAUUUCAUGGUUGUGAUGGAUUACUUUACUAAGUGGCCAGAAGUCUUCGCCAUUCCAAAUCAAGAAGCUUCAACAAUUGCAGAUAAACUAGUUCAUGAAGUCUUCUGUCGUUUUGGAGUACCUUUAGAGAUUCACAGCGAUCAAGGAAGGAAUUUUGAGUCUCAAAUAUUCCAGGAAACUUGCCGAGUUAUGGGUACUCAGAAAACACGACAAACUUCUUACCACCCACAAUCUGAUAGAAUGGUAGAAAGAUUUAAUCAGACAUUGGAGAGGUACCUAGCAAAAGUUGUGGAAAAACGGCAACGAGACUGGGACAGGCACAUACAACCGUUUUUGUUGUCAGCUUUUGCAAACUUUGGUAGAGAAUUGCGGCUGCCUGCAGACCUGAUCACCGGAAUACCACCUGAUGCCCCACGCAGUAUAACCGAUUAUGCAAAUGACUUGCGGAACAAAAUGAAUGACAUUUAUGAGCACGUCAGACAGACGGGCCAGCAAACGUCUGAGAAGAUGAAAACACGGUAUGACCGCAAAAUGAACAACAAGGGGUUUGAUGAAGGUUCACUAGUGUGGUUACACAAUCCAGUUCGCAGCAAAGGGAAAUCUCCUAAGCUUCAAGCUAAAUGGGACGGACCGUACCGGAUUGUGACAAGGAUCAAUGAUGUAACCUACCGGAUACAGAAAGGUGCCAGAGGUACUCCUAAGAUUGUCCAUGUGGAUCGAGUGGCGCGUUAUUAUGGCGCCAAUAAUGCUCGGGACGAGCAUGUCUUGGGAGGGGGCAGUGUUGCGCGCCACUAUUAA